AUGGGUAGCUGCAGGCACUGGUUAUUACCAUAUUCUGCGGCCUGCUGCAGUUUCUGCAUGUUGAUCCUCUUGCUCCAGUUAAUGUUUUCAGCAGCAAAUGAAACGACGACAGGCAAUUAUAGCAAUAAUAAUGUUAUUAUGUUGAGCUUCGGAUUGUACGUGGAUAGCUGUCCUGAGGCAGAGCCAAUAGUGUUUUCUUGGGUGGAAAAGGCCGUCUCGGAAGACCCCAGAAUGGCGGCUUCUUUGCUCCGCCUCCAUUUCCACGACUGCUUCGUUAAUGGUUGCGAUGCGUCGGUGUUGCUUGAUGACAGUGAGAAUUUCAUGGGAGAGAAGAGUGCAGCUCCAAACGCAAACUCCUUGAGAGGGUUUGAGCUGAUUGAUGCCAUCAAAGCUGAUCUUGAAUUUCUCUGCCCCACCACUGUCUCCUGCGCCGACAUCCUCGCCAUUGCUGCGAGAGACUCCGUUCUUCUCUCAGGUGGGCCGGGAUGGCAAGUGCAGAUGGGGAGGAGGGACAGCGUGAGCGCGAGCAAGACAGCAGCCAACAACAACAUUCCCGGUCCGAAUUCCGACGUCCCGACACUGCUGUCGAAAUUCCAGGCCGCAGGACUCUCUCUCCAGGACAUGGUCGCCCUCUCCGGCGCCCACACCAUGGGCAAGGCCCGAUGCUCCACCUUCAGCGCCAGGAUCGCCGCCGGGCCCCCCGACGUCAAUCUCGAGUUUCUCCAGUCGCUGCAGCAGCUCUGCUCCUCUCAGGCAGACGGAAACGCCACGCUGGCAGAUCUCGACCACGUCAGCCCCACGGCUUUCGACAAUCAGUACUACGUUAACCUUCUGUCCGGCGAGGGCUUGCUCGGCUCCGAUCAGGCGCUGGUCGCCGGAAGUGAUGAGACGCGGGCCAUUAUUGAGGCUUAUGCUGCCGACGUCGGGGUCUUCUUUGAGGGUUUCCGACAGGCCAUGGUGAGGAUGGGAAGCCUUGUUCAGCUGCAGGAGGAAGGACAGAUUCGGACAAACUGUAGGGUUGUCAAUUCUUGA